CGGAGUUUCAGCGAUGAUGGCCCAGCGUGAGCAUCAGAGGGCGGGUGAGCGACGACAGAGGCAGGAGAGCGUCCUGCGGCAGGGAGAGUCACGGACCCGGCUGCGAGUGUCAAUUGAGGAACAGGUCCGACAGGUGGCCCACCAGCUGCAGCUUCAACAGCCUGAGGGUGGCCGGCAGGGGCAGGCCGAGUUGCCUGCUCGCGUGCCAACACGCGAGACGGCAGACUAUGGCGCCAGGUUCGUGCCCGACCAGACGGUGGACGCCGCCCCGUUCCUCGACGGACCGGCUGCAGGAGGGCUCCCCGUCUCCGUCAACCGCCGCACGGAGUAUCAGGGCACAAACCAACGCAAUGGCGCCGACUUGUUCUCCAAAUACACUCAAGUAGACCAAGUCAUCAAACACCUACGAGUGGAUGGAUGUCGCCAUUCGUCGCUCUUUUUGUGUGUAUCGGUCGGUCGUCAGGUGCGCGGCGCAGUGGGCUAUGGGCGGCUGACAGGACGAGACGACGAUGUCAGAGGGGGCUAUGGAGACGGUCACAUGACGGGCCACCCAUACCAGUAUACACGGCCACCGACCGUUAUGAGGUGAGUGUUCACUCCUUGUAUGCAGUCACCCAUAUAGAUCUAUUGCUCUCUCUGCUCCCUCUCACCUUUCAGUCCGCAGCCUACGACGCUUAUGAAUUCGCCUACCCGUAUUUGCGUCCGGAGGAGCCCCAGCGUCCGGCCGGAUACCCCAGCCAGAUGAGCAGGGAGGCGCAGCAGUAUGGCAGCGGCCGCCUCACGUCGACUGGACAGAACGACGCCUACGGUGGUGCUCCUCUCAGCACUCGGCCACACCGAUAUGAUGGGCGGCUUCCCUCAUACUCGCAGCACCAGACCAACCACGGCCUCAGCUGGGACGGAGUGGGCGGCCAGCCGGACUACUCCUCGCGUCGAGCCUACCGCGCUCCAAGCAACAUCAGCAAAGUCAGCAAGUCAUCGGUCGUGUCCCGAGGCACCCAGUGCAGCAUCAUGACCACUCAGACGGCACUCGGACCCCAAAACACGACGCGUGGUGCGUCACGACACUACCAGCAGCAGCAGCAGCAGCAGAGGCCCAUCGACCACGCCGGCCUGGAGGUGGAGGCGACGGCCAGUUCGGUGGGCCGCUACGCGCCGCCACCGGACACCCACAACACCCACAAUGGUCAGGACAACGGAUCAGGUGGCGGUUUCUUCGGCGGGAUGUUCUCGGGCUUGGGCUUCUUCCUGGGUGGGGGCCGGGCCGCUGGAGGUGAGGAGGGGUGUGGUGAGAUGAGACACACAUAGCCCUUCUCUGUCAUUCACUGGCACAUCAUCGACAUGUCUGUCCGUCUGUCUGUCUGUCUGUCUGUGUCAGCGGUGCGAGAGGAGACGCGCGCGUCUCGUGGCGGUGCGGAUCGCCGCUCCAAUCGCCGACACAUCGAUGACGACCGCUACGCCUAUGGUGCUCAGGUGAGUCUCACCAACACAGUGGUCACAUACAUACGCCAUCCGCUGGUCAUGCUGUGUCUGUCUGUCCUUCUGUCAGGGUGGGUCGUACGAGUCCCGCUACCACCGAGAACCCAAGAUGGACAGGCAGCAGGCUAUUGAGGCCUACGCGAGGGAGCUGGACAAUUGGAAGGGCUUCUGGGAGAUGGAGCUGCAGGAACGCUCGGAGAUCCAAGAGCGGCUCCGCCGACAACUCGAGGAGCGGGCGGCGGAGCGGGAGAAGAAAAUGGAGCGCUUCCACCGACAAGAGCAGGAGAAAAUGGAGCGUGAGUGGCGUGAAGUGGAGGCCAAGAAGGACGAAAUGCGCCGCAAAGAACAGGAGCUCGAGGAGAAAAAGGAGCAACUCGACCAGCAGCUGCAGCAGCUGCAACACCAGAUGCAGCAGCGGCAGCGUCUCAACAGCGACAACGAGACGGCAGACAACCAGCAGCAGACGAGCACCUCUGACACCGUCCCCCCGACCCCAACUGGAGCAGUGCAGGCGGCAUCCAAAGUGGCUGAAGGAGACGCCACUGGCGAGCGACAGCGGACCCGCCAGAUGCUGCAGGAGCUCGAGAACAGUCCGCAUUUCUGCAACUUUCCCCCGGCGCCCGGGCAGUCGCCUGCUGAGCGACGCCGAAGUGUGCAGCAGUGACAGCCUUAUGGUGUCAAGCAAAGGGAAGAGAUGCAUGGCUGUGUGUAGUGGUUGAGUGUUUGGUUGGCCGGCUAGUUGUUGAGUGCCUUGUCAUUGGACGCUUGGAUGGUCGGUCGUGAGCAGAUAGAAAAAUGAGACAUAUCUAUGCCAUAUAUGAAGCGUUGGCUUGAU